AUGUCUGAUUACAAGAAAAUUAUUUUACUGACUUUACUGUAUGUCUUCAGCAAUGUUGCAGCACUUGAAAAUACAGAGUACGUGAACAUCAGAGAUUAUCCGUAUCAUGUGUCCAUCGAGAAACACGGGAAUCAUGCGUGCAGCGGUGCAUUGGUGCACGAAUCGUGGAUCGUAACCGUAGCGUCCUGCGUUUUUCGCGUCGAGCCGUCCACGGUGACCGUUAGAGUGCGCGCGUCCAACCUUUACAACGACGGAGAUACACUGAAAGUGACCAACAUUGUUGUACACGAGAAUUUUGACAAAUAUGUGCUCUUCAAUAACAUCGCGUUGAUAAAGCUGAAAAUUCCUGUGCAAUUCGGAGAGAAAUUGCUGCCGAUAGGAGUGGCGGAAAACGAGGACUACGAACCCGAUGAUGGAACGAUGUGUUUCGUGACAGGUUGGAGGCAGACGGUGCCUAAUGCAACAGAAUCUCGACUCUCAGUGACAACAGUGCCAUUAAUGAAUCGUAGUAUCUGCAGUUCGAAGAUGCCCCCAUACCAACCGGUGCUUCAGAUGAUGCUCUGCGCCGGUAACGCAACCUCAGGGGUGGAAACGUGUCAGGGUGAUCCAGGUGCUCCGCUGAUGGAAGGCCAGACGCUGAUUGGUGUUCUAUCCUAUGGAUUAGGGUGUAAAACUAUGAUACAUCCAGGCGUGUACACUCGUAUCAGUAGUUACCUAGCGUGGAUCUCGUCGAAUACCGGUAUCCUAUACACGAAGCACCAUAUUGGCGAAAACUAG